CAUCAGUUUUGGCUGGAGUCCGCCAAGCCACAUUGACCUCUGUAGCCUCCCUAGCAAGGUAGCGUCUGCUGCAUGUCACCUGACCCAGAUAAGAGAUGCUAACUCCCACUGCCUCUCUAACCUUCACAUAUUUUGAACAAAAACACUUCCACACUUGCACACACACUUUCAUCGUCCUUCAAGCUGCAUUACAACACCUGCCGCCUCCCUGGGGACUCCCCAACGGGACUGUUUGAUCCCUUAUUCUCCUCUAACCACCCAUCAAGGGACGAGCUCAUUCACGUAUUGUUGUUGUUUUCAUCCGCAGGAGAUGUUCACACCUGAGUGUAAAUUCAAGGAAUCUGUGUUUGAGAACUACUACGUCAUCUACUCAUCCACCGUGUACCGCCAACAGGAGUCGGGGCGAGCUUGGUUCCUGGGCCUCACCAAGGAGGGUCAGGUCAUGAAAGGGAAUCGAGUAAAGAAAACCAAGCCCUCCUCACACUUUGUACCAAGACCCAUUGAAGUUUGCAUGUAUAGAGAGCCUUCACUGCAUGAGAUUGAGGAGAAGCAACGCUCCAGGAAAAGCUCAGGAACCCCAACGAUGAACGGAGGCAAAGCGGUCAACCAGGACUCCACAUAGCAGGGCUUAAAAACACAGGAGGCAGAGCAGCCCCUCGCCCUCAGCCUCCAACCACGGGAAUCUGCUACCAGAAGACCAACUGAACUCUUGCCUGAGAAAUUUACAGAAGAACCGGGGGGUGGGGGGGGGGGAUUAAUGUUACCGUUCCAAUCAGCAGUUGAACUCACAUUUUAUGCAAAAAAAAACACAAAAAACAAAACAAAAAAAAAGUGGGCAGUAAUUUGGUUCACAACAAUAGUAAUAUUUUUUUGUUUGGGGUUUAUGCUGUGAGAAAUGAGCUUUAAAACUUUCUCAUGUGUUUCGUUUUCAUGUGAAUGCUCUUCAUGCUUUACUUUCAUCAAGAAAAAUGGGAACUUUUCUCUCUUUGCUCAAUGCUCAUUGCUAUUGAUUCUGUUUGUGGAUAUUAUGCAGGUUUGAGCUAGUUUUUCUACUUUCUUUUAUUUAUUAAUUCAUUUUCCUUUUUUUUUUUAAAUACCUGAGAGGCAAAUGCACUUUGUGACUCCAGAUUGCUGGAAUGUCAGAAGGGUAUAUGUAGAAUGUAUGCUUGGAGUGGUCUUGGAUUGUUUUGUUGCCUGUUCAUUUUGGUAAGAGAUAAUAUCCAUGCAACACUUUCUUCAAAAAUGUUGCCCGCCUUGGCGCACAUACGUCUAGCACAGGUACACUGUAUGUGUGCAUGUUUGUGUGUGCGUGGCACUGCUCAGAUGGAGUGUGACGCUCUUUAUUAUGACGGACAGCUAAGCUUUAGAUGGAGAGUAGGCAAUUUCCUGUGAAUUAUUCUCAAAUUUCCUUGCACCCAAGCACCCAACUUAAGUAUUAUAUUUAGCUUAAAGUAUGACAAGCUACUCAGGAAGCUCUAGUCUUAGCAGUGUGACCCUAACACCAGCCCUGUCCAGUCAAAAAAGCACAAAGAAGGCCAGUUUAUUGCCCCUUUAUGGGUUUGAGGUCGGCCUGGACAGGGCGGGUGAAUUGUGGACUAUAGGAGGAGCCUGGCAUUCAUAAGUCUUCCAGUAUGGCAUGAGAGCUGUGCCCAAGUAUGCAGCAACAAAAUGCAGAGACUUAAACGCAUGAGUCCUCAGAAAAGUGUGUUUAUAGUUAAGUGAGAAAUUGUCAAAUAAAUAACAUGUAUGUGACAACGAGUGUACAAAACAGACACCCAGUGCAAAGAUUGUCCUGAUCAAAUGAGUUUCCAGACAAGAAAACACUGUAAUGGGAGUGUGUAAUUUUUGCUGUGUACUAACAGAACUCUUUAUUUUUCAUGUUUGCAAAUGUUUUCACCUAAAUGAAACACUAUCAUAUAUGCAUUAUGAAUAAUGAGAUGUAUAAAAUAUGCAUUGAUAUUAUAAAGCAGAAUGAAAUUAGGAUUGUUUAAGAAUAAAAGAAUGAUAUUUAAAGCUUUCA